GGAACAGAACAGGUGAAUGUGCUAUUCACUCAGCGAUUGUAAUUCUUAUUGUGUUUUCCAACCGCCAUUGAAACACGCUCGGUCGCUAGCCGAUCACGUCUCCGGCGAAUCAACACCGUUGACAAUAACACGGAUAUGAAUGCAUCAAAACAAAAUCAUCCGCAAAUCAUGAAUCCUGCACAGAUGCCCCAAAAGGCUUCUGAAAGAGAUUCAACAUCAGGUUCAGCAUCCACUAAUGUUGACUCGAGUUGGGAGAUUGCAGAUACGGCCGAGAGUUCUAGUACCACCAAUAUACCCAUCUUGGGUGCCGGUGACCCCUUUAUGUGGGAUGAACAACAUACAAUUUCCAAAUAUAGCAAUUUCAAGGGAUCUGGUGAACCAAUCAGUGCUCUCAAAGCUAUGAAGGAAGUCUUGGAAAUAAUUUCGCAGAAUGAUAUUGAAGGUCCACAGUUAUUUCGACUUAAUAGCGAGUUCAACUUGGAACUUGGAAAAGGGACCCAAUUCAGGGUAACGGGUGCAUCAAAGGAAUUCCGAUCAAAGCUCAAGCGUGCUCGGAAGCUCGAUAAUGUAGAAGCCUCUCAAGAAGAAGCCCUUCUUUGGGACACACUUGAUACACUGGCAGACUCUGUUGUAAAACGAGCAUUGUGGACUCCGGACCUGACCAAUCGUCGAUUUCUGUCUGAAGCUCAUGGUGAACAGCUUUCACAACAGGAUAUGGCCAGAGAACUGGAGAGUCAGCUUCGAUCAGCUAAAAAGGAAAUUGAUAAGCUUUGUAACAAAGCAUAUAGAAAGCACCCUAACAUAAUUCGACUAUGGGGUUGGGGACUCUGCUUGGAUACCUUCGAAGCUAACACAACUCUAAAUACGCGAAUACCUCUGCUUGUAAUGGAGAAAGCCACCUGUGAUCUCGCUGACUUCUUGGCGAGCUCAAACUAUGCUAAAACAUCGUUUGAAAUUCUCAUUAAGAUUUGUAGCGAUAUAGGAACCGGACUGGGAGCUCUACACGCUGGCAAUGUGACUCACGGAGACAUGAAACCUGAGAAUAUUUUAUUAUUUGCUAAUCGCUCAUUAAUAGAUGCAGAAGUGGCUUGGACGGCAAAAUUAUGCGACUUUGGCAAUGCCGAGUCAAAAUCAUGGCAGAUAUCAACCGACAUUGAUAGUCUUGAUGCAUCACGCAUGUACUCUUCAAAUACAGAAGUAUCCGGACAUUUUGCAUACGCAGGGACCCCAGGUUGGAUUCCUCCAGAAGCAUACCCCGAGAAAGGUCUCUUUAAGACAUUUGAUUUUGAAAACUUAAAGCGUUGCGACGUUUUUGUCUAUGGACUUAUCUUGUGGCGCAUAUUUCAAGAUGACAAUGAGCGAGGCGAGUACGAUAACAAUACCAAGAAACGUAAAUCGAACCGUAGACAUUUGGUUGAUGGAGAAAAGAUAAGCCAGUAUCUACCCCCAUACGAUCUCGCAUACAAAGAUGCAGCCAAAUCUAUCAAAAAGGCAGCGCAUGCCGGAAGGAUACCCACAUCAGAAGACAUGUGGCGGAUACUCCAAGUUGUUAGGGCAGCGCUGCAGCCGACACCUAAAUACAGAGACUCCCGUCCCUGGAAGUCUUUUGACACGGUAUACUAUUCAAUUGUUCGAUCCUUCAACGAGAAUCCAAUUCGAGAUGAAGUUGCAAGUGAGACAUACAAAAGACUACACAGAAAUGCUAGGCACAAUCUUGAUAUAGUCUCUGCCUUGAGUCUUAGAGCAUCGCGUCGGUUGCGGGAGACUCGUAACUUUUACUUCUCGAAGUUGUCAGGUCCAUUUCUCACAAUAUACAGCUACAUGAUGCUGAAACUUCCAUCUACAAUUGAAAAGCCGCUAAGGCAAAAAGCUUUCGAAAAUUUGUACGCUGUCGCCUCAUCCAAACUUUCCCUCGGUUGGAAUUUAGGAGACAUAUCAAAAUUAAAUCAUGCAGGAGAAAGUUGCUACUCUUUCUCGGAGCUAUGUUCAACAAUUCAACUUCUUUCUGCAAAUUCUGACAUAGUAUAUGAUUCAGAAGAUGCCCAUAAGCUUUACGCGCACGCCCGACUGCGUAGUAGAUUUAAGGACUGCUGUUGGCAAAGCUGGACCAAAAGUUCAGGGGAUUUCAAUACAGUAGCGCUAUUUUUGUUCUCUACAGACCCUAACGCGUUGAACUUCAGUCUUGAAAAUCAUCAUUCAAGGUUGUUAGUACACCAUUGCGGCAAUUAUCUUUCUACUCUUGCAUGGCUGUGUAGGGGAGAGGUGGGUGAGCGGGAAUUAAGAAAUAUAGCCGACUCUGAAAAGUUAUCAUCUCGUCUUUGGUCCUGGACAUACAGGAAAGGAAUUCCAUUGGAAUUUAGACAGAACAUUUUUCACCUCUUCGUUGAGAAAGGGUGUUAUGUUGGCCCUGGUUUCCGUCAAUUUCUAGAAAGCUUGGUGGAAGAAUCUGCGUCAAUCCACACGAAUUAUAGUUAUAUAGUCAGUGCAUGCGCCAAAGUCAUGCAAUUUUCCCCGUUAUGUUUGACCUCGAAACCUAUUCAGAACCCGAUCACUAUAGCGACUCGCAGAUUUUUUCUUAGGGGAGAAUCUCCUGACCAAACUGAAGAUGAUAUUAAUGAUUACAAUACAAGUACGAUACUCCACGAAGCAGUGAUUGCUUGUUGUUAUCCAGCGGUCGAAUACUUUGUUCGGUGUUCCGCAAUUCCUCUUAUGUUACGUGAUAGUGCUGGAAAAACGCCACUGGAACUCGCUCUUGAGGCAAGGAAAAGUCAUCUAGAGACAUGGCAGCUGGUUCACAUCGACGCAAUAGUGGGAGUUUUCUCCAAAACGUCAAAAUUUAAUGGCCCAAUAUCUCAGUUACCUCUGGGAUGGAAAUCGCUCCAACUUGAAGACGGUGUCGACGUAUUUUUUGAAUCAACGGUGAACCCAAAAGUUCCAUCGUUGACUUUUCAAGCUCCGAAAUUCAGCCUUUUGCAAGAAGCUCGGAUACCAUUGGGAUCUCGCAAGUCUGAUCAUGGAGGACUGACAUAUAAUUUUGAUCUGGUACGGUUCAUGCACCGCCCCAUGUUAGAUCGAUUGAAAGAUGCUCCCAUUGUUUUCGGCGAUAAUUGGUAUGAAUCUGAAUGCCCAGGACUUCAUGCCUCUGUGGGAGCCUCCAUGAAAAAACUUUGGAUUCGAGUGAUAAUUCAGGUCUUCAAUGCUGCUAGAUUUGUUCUUUUCCGAAGUUAUCUCAAUAUUCUGCUGAUAUUUCUACCAAUAACCAUGUUCCUCUCAAGAGAGAAACAUCAAAACACCACUUUAUUGGCUAUUUCUUUGUUGGCAACGAUUCCUGUUAUAGGGGGUUUGGAAGCUGCCCUCAAAGAUCUCUAUCCUGUGUUCCCGUACUCCAUUAACCAGACGCUAAUCUCGAGAACCGGUAGCUGUACUGCUGAAGUCUUUAUCGGUAUUAUAACAAUUGACUGGGGGGAUAUUGAACUCAUUAAAUAUCUUCUUGUUGGUACUGUCAUCUGUAAUCAACUACUCAUACCUGGUAUUUCAUUUUUUGCUGGAGGCAUUCAUAAUAUCAGAAAUGGGACCACGAUGGGCAUAGAACAACGAUACAACUCAACAGGUCAUGGUCUAGCCUCCACACUGGUCGCCAUAGCGUCAGUAUUUUCGAUGAUUCUUUUCUUCUUCUCAGAAAUGCAAGACAUCUCUUCCCCACAAGUAGAAGCAAGCAGCAAGUUUUUAUCCGGAGCAAUCGCUAUCAUUUCUCUUGUUCUAUUUGUAAUAUGGCUUAUUUUCCGACACUAUACUCAUAUUGACCUUUUGAAUAAGGGUUUUCUAGAUGGAUACGAUGAUGAGGAUAGUCGUCCCAAUGUUGAAAUUCCUCGUUUCGCUAACGCAAUUCUGGCGACUAUUUUCAUCGUUUUAUUGGCAAUACAAAGUCGCAUUAUUGUGGCAUCAUUACAAACUUUUGACCCGAAGAGCAAACAUAAUUUGGCUCUUGUUUGUAUACCACUUCUUCUUCGCGUUUCUAAACAUGUUGAAGCUUUCAAGUCUGCAGUUAGAGAUGAUAUGGAUCAUACAUUGGACUUGACCUUGGGGUUUGCAGUAACCAUUGGCCAUUUCGUAGGCCCUUUUCUGGUUUUACUAUCUUGCUCCAUGGGCAAAACGUUGGCUUUGGUCUAUAAUUUAUAUUGCAUAACAGUCGUUGCACUUAGCAGUCUCACAAUAAAGUAUAUAGUUAAGGAUGGGAAAUCGAAUUGGCUCAAUGGGAUGUUGAUGGUCGUGACAUAUACUCUCAUCAUAGCUUGUGGCAUUCUAACGUAGGAAUCUACAGCUCAGUAUUUUGGGUCGUUGAUGAAAGGUGGUUACGAAAACUGUAUGUUUGAAUAUUAUGAGAUAGAGCAUAACAUGGUUUUUGAGUCAAUUGACUACGGUUAUAUAAAUGUAUUAUUCCUUGCCCAAUUCA